UGGGUUUGAUGAAGUCCAGCUUUGUUGUUCAUCUGCUGCUGUGUCGUCGUGGAAGUUUUUCUCGACAAAGUUGUCUUGUCGCCCAAUUUCUUGUCGUCGUCGUACUUCGGUCGGGUUGUUCGUAAUUUGUUGAAUUUUCUGAUAGGAUAGAGGAACGCAACGAGUAAAUUUUUAACGAGCAUUCAGGCGAGCGAGUCAGAAUUGGUCACUUGCUAGAGAAUUUGGAAGUAGAUUACUACUGACGCAUAACUAAACCAUCAAAAAGACGAGGCAGGCAGAUAAUAUUAAAUUGUAUGAUGGAGCUGUUGAAGGGGAGAAAGGUUGCUUCUUCACAUCAAAUUGUGGUAGCACUUUUCCUUGUGAUAUCUUCUCAGUGCUCAUGGACCUCGGCGCACACGUCCUCCUCAGCUCUUGUUCAUGUCAACGAUGACAACUGGAAUUCUAUUUUGGAGGGGGAGUGGAUGGUUGAGUUUUUUGCUCCUUGGUGCCCGGCUUGUCGAAGUUUACAACCUAUUUGGGAAGAUUUCGCAUCUUGGAGUAAUGAUUUAGGAAUUAAGGUUGGUCAGGUUGAUAUUACCAGCAGCCCUGGGUUGAGCGGAAGGUUUAUGAUAACAGCCCUCCCAACAAUUUUUCAUGUGAAAGAUGGUCAGUUUCGUCAGUACAAGGGACCACGAUCAAAGGAAGAAUUUUUGGGCUUUGUCGAAGAGAAACGAUGGGAAACGCUAGAGCCAAUUUCUUCAUGGCAAUCCCCUUCAUCUGUUCAAAUGACUAUGGUUUCUCAAUUCUACAAAAUUUCAAUGAAUCUUAGGAACAUAAUGACAGUAAUGUUGGAAGAGUAUGGGAUCCCGACUUGGGCUGCCUACCUAAUGUUUGGCGUUGCAACGAUUGUCAUUGGAUUAAUUUUGGGCUUGAUUUUGGUUUGCGUAAUUGAUUUUAUCUAUCCUCCUGGUGCUCCAAUGCCCCCAUCUCCUCAACAAAGUUCUUCUCAGGGAAAGAAAAAAGAUAAAGAUUCUGACGACGACGAUUUUACGGAGGAAAUCCAAGAUGAAGAGUCACAAGACGAAGACACCAAUAAUGAACAAGGAGAAGAGAAAGAAGAAAAAGAAGAUGUCAGUGAAAACAAGUCGUCACCUCCUAGUACUUCAACUCGUCGAAGACGCAAGGACUAAUACGUGCUAUGUUGGUUUAUUUUGUCAUAAAACUACUCAUCCAAUAACAAAAAUAUCGUGGUUAAAAACCGAUUUAAUAAUGGUGAAUAAUACACGUUAAAUUCGGAUAUGGGUAUUCUCA